AUGUGGCCUCCGCUAUCUCCUGAGAUGUUGGCAAAGUCGCUACGCGAGGGUGCGGAGUGGGACCGAGCUAACGCCGAAGCUGCUGCACGUGUCCAAGCAGAAAAGGAGGCGAUCAUCAACGCCCAACUCGACGCGGAGGAACCGCUCGUUCGCCACCAAUUUGCAGAGUGGGGUCAGGAAGAUGGACAACUGCGAUUCAUCAACAUUCGUGGCACCGGCUCCGGGUCGAACAAGAAGAUGAAGAGGUCGCAAACGGUGGCCGAUCUCAGCGAUCCGAGCGACGACCCGGUCAAUAUCAAGCGCGUUCUGAACAGGGUCAAAGGUCGAGCAGGAAAGGAGGUAGCGUGGCAGGCAACGUCCUCUUCAGAAGACGUUGACUACACGCGGAGGAGGGGAUCAGGCCGAAGGAAGGUCGACUGGGCGGGGGCAGGCGACCGAGGGACAACCGAGGAGGGGACGCGGUUGUGA